GAGGAGGAGGCAGGAUGGGCGCCGCCGGUAGCAGGGACCUGAGGAAAUUCCCGCAGGAGACACUCUGUGAUCAUAAUGGUAGCAUCAACUGCAUGGCCGCCUCCGACGACGAGUCUCUGCUCGUCACCGGCUCCGAGGACAAGACUGCCAGAGUCUGGUCCGUUGGUGAAGACGACACCGAGUGUCUUGGUGUCAUACGGGGCCACACAAGCUACAUCACCUGCGUGACGGUCCACGACACCUUCGUCAUCACGGGGUCAGCUGACAGCACCCUCAGGAAGUGGGACAUUAUCACCUGUGACUGUCUCUUCACCUAUCACGGUCACAAUUCGCGAGUGACGCGGGUGCUGUGCACGGGAGAGUACGUGUUCAGCACGUCCCAGGACACCACCGCUAAGGCUUGGUACAUCGACGAGGACGAGCUGGAGGAGCACGACGACACCUCCGUCUGCAUCCGCACUUUCCAGGGACACACCGGGGGCAUCUACUGCCUGGCCAUCAUCCCGGGGGACGACCAGAUUAACGAGGUCAAGGGCCUGGGUGACGUCAUCAUCACCGGCAGCAUGGACUGCACCGCCCGAUCCUGGUGCUUCACCAGCGGCACGUGUCUCAAGAAGUUCGAGGGCCACACCUCCUGCGUGAGCUGCCUGGCCACCGACAACGCCGGCCGGCUCCUCUACACCGGCAGUGCCGACAGAACCCUUCGUAGCUGGGACCUCGCUACCGGUAUCUGCUUCAGGGUGUUCGCGGGCCACCAGCACCACGUAGUGUGUCUGGUGGUGCUGAAGCAGCUGCUCUACAGCGGUGAUGGAGGCGGGGUGGUGAAGGGGUGGGAGGUGGGCGCCGACGACCACCUCCCCAGGAACCUCCACCAGCACAAGACCCUCACCGUCGAGGCCCUCAACACCUUCACUGGUCACAACAACACCGUCAACUGCAUCAAGUUCCACAAGGGCAUCGUGUACACUGGAUGCAGUGACAAUCUGACGAGAGCAUUUGACGCCACAAGUAAGCAGCUGCUGGCAGUGUACGUCGGCCACAAGAUUGGUGUCAACUGCCUCAUGAUGUGUGGCACGAAGCUCUUCAGCGGCUCCACAGACACCACCAUAAUGGUCUGGGACCUCGCUAAGCGCAGUACUGAGCUCGAUGAUCAGGACUCCAGCGACGAAGAUGACGACAGUGAUGACAAUAAUGCCAAUGAUAAUGAAGAUAACAGUGCCAAAUAAAGCCAACAGGUGAAAAACUUGCUGACACGGCGACCAGCUGGCCACAGAGGUCCGCACAAGCCAGGAAACACCGCGACACUAUCUGUAUAUACAUUGACACCGCGACGAUCAUUAGGUGGGAGUAAGGCACCCUGUACCCUGCUGUUUCCACCAGCACAAGGUAUUCCUUUAUUAAGCCAUGCUGACACAACAUUAAGACUCCUUAUUGGCUACAAUGUUAAUCAACAGCAACAAUGAACAAUGGUCUUCAGUAAUCCUGGGGUCAUAACCUACAGGAUGAAAUUGAACGUAUUGAUCAUAACAAACGUUAACGAGUUGUUGAAACAAUCUGGUGAAGUGCUUGCCCCAGGCACAUUUUAUAAACUAUUUUUUUAUACUGCAGAAUAUACUCUUGACCACUAUAGCUGCUGAACUUAUACCUUUGACCAUUGUAGCUACUAAAUUUAUAUCUCUUGACCCAAUCUUUGAAAAAUGACGAUUUCUGCGUGAAAAUUACUGUGCAUUCAUUUUCACAUUCAAAAACAGGUAUUUAAACUACAUAAAUAGUUUGUUCCUAAAGAACAAAAUAAUUUAAAUAAAAAUAGCUUUUUCAAAUAAAAUUGUUAAUGAACGAAUUGUUUUCAAUGAUUAUACAUCUAUUAAUGAAAUAUAUUUACGUAUA